CAUUAGAUUCCGACGGGCUGUUGCGUUCCAAAAUAAAGUUUGACGUAUGACCUUCCAGUGCAUAAUAAAAACAUUCAUCGUUAAUUGAGAAAAAAAUCAGAAUUUGUUAUUGAUUCAUUAAACAUAAUUAAGGAUUUUUGAAGUUCUGAAAGUUUGAUUGAAAAUAAAAUGGAGUGGCUGUUUGGCAAACGAGUUACCCCUGAAGAAAUGCUCAGGAAGAAUCAGAGGGCUCUCAAUAAAGCAAUGAGGGAUCUGGACAGGGAGAGAGCCAGGAUGGAGCAGCAAGAGAAAAAAAUUAUUAUGGAUAUCAAGAAAAUGGCAAAGGAUGGCCAAAUGGAUGCUGUGAAAAUCAUGGCGAAAGACCUGGUGAGAACACGCCGAUACGUGAAGAAGUUUAUGCUGAUGAAGGCGAAUAUUCAGGCAGUGUCCUUGAAGAUUCAGACCUUGAGAUCCCAGAACGCGAUGGCUGGAGCUAUGAAGGGCGUUACAAAAGCCAUGCAGAGCAUGAACAAGCAACUUAAUCUACCCCAGAUUCAGAAAAUCCUUCAGGAAUUCGAGAAGCAGUCUGAAAUAAUGGAUAUGAAGGAGGAGAUCAUGAACGAUGCUAUUGAUGAUGCGAUGGAGGAUGAGGGAGACGAAGAGGAGAGUGAUGCAGUUGUAUCCCAAGUACUCGAUGAACUGGGUCUCCAACUGACAGAUCAGUUGUCAGGUUUACCUCAGGCCGGAGGAUCGCUGAGUGUAACUGGUGGUAAACAGGCAGUACCAGCAGGUGCUGCAGCUGCAGGUGGAGGUGGAGAAGACGGAGGUAACCUCGUGGAUGCUGAUGCAGACCUUCAAGCUAGGCUGGAGAAUCUUCGAAGAGAGUAAACCAAGAACCACUUCCAGAAUUCCCGUUCCAAAAAACUUGUGGACGUUGUACCGAGGAGUGGUGAAUGAGUAGCAAAGUUUUACUUUUCUAUUGAUUGUGAUAAGUAACGAGGAAGACGGAGGUAGAGAUUAAUUAAGCUUCUGAUACGAUGGAUCCACCGUGGAUACUUAAUUAAAAAUGAGAGUUACUGUUCGUCGAUGGAAUUAAAUGUUACAAUUGUAAAUUCCAGAGCAGCUUGAACUCAAAUGCUUCUGCAAACACACGGUUGUGUACAGGAGAGCACUGCGGGGCUCGUUAUUGACUUUCUCCUCUUAUUUAACGAAUUGUUGGAGUAUUUUUAAUUACGAUCAUUAUGAGGAAUAACGAAUACCAUAGCUUUUUAUAUUAUUGAUUGAUGCUGAAGUUCAAAUACAAGAUUACUCACUAAUGUUAA